ACAUAUGACAUGACGUAUGAACCAAUAGAGCUGAUCACAAAAUAUAUGUGACAGCUGAUUGAAAAGUAAAAAUGUUUGUUGUGGUGGCUACAGGCUCUAAAUUAUUACUGAAACCACAACCUGGAAUUGUGAAUAUCGUCUGGAUACAAGCGAAUAAAUAUAGCACCGAUGAUAAAGCGUACAAUUUGGCUAGUUUAAAAAGGGGAACCGGUGGUAGAUCAAGUUUCAAUGGAAUUGUUGCAACUGUUUUUGGAGCUACGGGCUUCAUGGGCCGAUAUGUUUGUAAUAGGCUCGGUAAGAUAGGAACACAGCUCAUCAUUCCCUACAGAGGUGACAAUUAUGAUCCGUUCAGACUAAAGCUUGUGGGAGAUCUUGGCCAAGUAUAUUUUCAUCACUAUCAUCUACAAGAUGAAGAAUCCAUAAUGAAGUGUAUCAAGUAUUCCAAUGUCGUAGUUAAUCUUGUCGGUAGAGACUGGGAAACGAAAAACUUCAAAUUUGAUGAUGUUCACGUCGAUGGAGCUCGCAGGUUGGCCAGGUUGGCAAAAAAGAGUGGUGUGGAAAGGUUCAUUCAUUUAUCUGCUCUGAAUGCUUCUGAGAAUCCCGAAACUGCCGGAAUACUCAAAGGAGGCUCCAAAUUCUUAGCCAGUAAAGCUAGAGGAGAGAAGGCAGUACUAGAGGAAUUUCCAGAAGCUACAAUAUUUCGGCCUGCCGAUGUGUAUGGACAGGAAGAUAAGUUUGUGAGGUAUUACGCCCAUUCGUGGAGACGAAAUGGUCAAUAUUUCCCACUCUGGCAUAAAGGAGAAAAAACCGAAAAGCAACCUGUAUUUAUCGGAGAUGUAGCAACAGGAAUAAUGAACGCCAUCAAAGAUCCUGAUACAGCAGGAAAAGUUUACCAAGCUGUUGGGCCUAAGCGCUACCUCCUUUCCGAACUGGUCGACUAUUUCUUCAGAAUAAUGAGAAAAGAUGACGAAUGGGGAUUUACUCGUUAUGAUAUGCGUUAUGACCCCUUCUUCCAGCUCAGAGUAACUCUGACAGAAAAAUUAUCGUUGAACUGGCCCAUCGGCUACCUCCACUGGGAGAAGAUUGAAAGAGAGCAUUUAUCUGAUGAUGUAAAAUCUGACGUUCCUACUCUGGAAGAUUUGGGAGUCAAUUUGACGACAAUUGAACAGCAGAUGCCUUGGGAAUUCAAACCCUGGACUUAUGGAAUAUACAGAGGUCUAGAUCCUGAUGAGCCACAGGCUCCUGCUUCACCACCCAGAACUGUCAUUUGAAAUGAACAUUUUUUUUUUGAAGUCUUGUAGAAUAAAUAUUAAAUCCAGUGAAUUUAGAUGAA